GGACCUCCUCUGAGUCCAUCUUCACGUACGGGAGCACCUCACAUGAGCACGUGGCCACUCAUGGGACCACCUUGGCCACCCAUGGGACCACCUCCUUCGAGUCCAUCCCCACGUACGGGAGCACCUUGGCAGAGCACCUGGCCACCCAUGGGACCACCACCUCCGAGCCCAUCCCCACGGCCAGGAGCACCCCACACGAGCCCAUGGCCACCCAUGAGACCGUCUUGCCCCAGUCCACGCCCAUGGGUGGGAGCAUCUCCUGUGAGCACCCACCAGCCGGUGGGACCGCGUCGCCCACGGGUGGGAGCUUCUCGUACAAGGACGUGGCCCUGGGUUGGGCCUUCUGGCAGGAGCCCCGCGGGUGUGGGGCUGUGGACAGGAGCAUCUCACAUGAGCACGUGCCCACCUUUGGGACCAUCGCGCCCAAGUCCGUGCCCACCUUUGGGACCAUCACGCCCAAGUCGGUGCCCACCCAUGGGGCCACGUCGUGGGCGCAUGGCCCAACAGAUGGAACCACCUUGACCAAGCCCACGCCCCCGGACGGGACCAUGUUGACCAAGUCCUUGCCCAUGGAUGACAUGAUCUCAUGGGAGCACGUCCCAGCAGAUGGGAUCAUCUUGACCAAGGCGGUGCCCAUGUAUAGGACCAUGUCAUGGGAGCCUUCUCCAACAGAUGGGACCAUGUUGACCAAGCCUAUUCCCAAGGAUGACACCAUCUCGUGGGGGCACGUUCCCACAGAUGGAACCAUCUCGACCAAGUCCUUGCCCAUGGAUGGAACCAUCUCAGCCAAGACCACGCCCAUGGAUGGGACCAUCUCGACCAAGUCAAUGCCCCCAGAUGGAGACAUCUCAUGGGGGCACGUUCCCACAGAUGGGACCAUCUCGACCAAGUCCUUGCCCAUGGAUGGCACAAUCUCGUGGGAGCAUGUCCCAGCAGAUGGGACCAUGUUGACCAAGUCAACGCCCACAGAUGGGAACAUCUCGACCAAGUCCUUGCCCAUGGAUGGAACCAUCUCAGCCAAGACCACGCCCGUGGAUGGGACCAUCUUGACCAAGUCCAUGCCCCCAGAUGGGGACAUCUCAUGGGAGCAGGUUCCAGCAGAUGGGACCAUCUCGACCAAGUCCGUGCCCAUGGGUGGCACCGUGUUGACCAAGUCUGUUCCCAAAGAUGACAACAUCUCAUGGGGGCAUGUUCCCACAGAUGGAACCAUCUCGACCAAGUCCUUGCCCAUGGAUGGCGCCAUCUCAACCAAGACCACGCCCAUGGAUGGGACCAUCUUGACCAAGUCAAUGCCCACAGAUGGAACCAUCUCGACCAAGUCCAUGCCCACUCAUGGGACCACGUCAUGGGAGCGUGUCCCAGCAGAUGGGACCAUCUCGACCAAGUCCAUGCCCAUGGGUGGCACAAUCUCGUGGGAGCAUUUCCCAGCAGAUGGGACCAUGUUGACCAAGUCAAUGCCCAUGGAUGGCACCAUGUCGACCAAGUCUAUUCCCAAGGAUGACACCAACUGGUGGGCGCAUGCUCCAACAGAUGAGACCAUCUCAACCAAGUCCUUGCCCAUGGAUGGAACCAUCUCAACCAAGACCACGCCCGUGGAUGGGACCAUCUCAUGGGAGCAGGUUCCAGCAGAUGGGACCAUCUCGACCAAGUCCGUGCCCAUGGGUGGCACCGUGUUGACCAAGUCUACUCCCACGGAUGACACCACCUCGUGGGCGCAUGUCCCAGCAGAUGGGGCCAUGUUGACCAAGUCAAUGCCCACAGGUGGGACCAUCUCAACCAAACCCACGCCCAUGGGUGGCACCACCUCGUGGGCGCAUGUCCCAGCAGAUGGGGCCGUCCCGACCAAAUCCGUGGCCAUGGAUGGGAGAACCUUGCCUGGGUCCAC